AUGGAAUCAGAAAUAUUUAAGAGGAAAAAAAGGGAAGCAUUGGCAAGGCGAAAAAGAAAACAAGUUCUUAAUGAAAGAAGAUUGAAAAGAAAUAGAGUUGAUGAGAACAAAAUGAAUUUUCCAGUAUGUUUUAGUAGGUACAAUCAUCCAACCAUUGACAACAUCAGAACUCCCCUGUCUAACAUCACUUCUUCAGUGUUGAAUGAAAGGAACCACUUUUUGAAUGAACAACCAAAAGGGAAUGUUAUCUCAUAUACACAAAGAAAGAACAGCGUGGUUGUGAAUCAGUUUGAUGAUCAUAAUCGUCAUUAUGCUUCUACAUCGAAGUCUUAUAUAACACCACCUCAAUUUAGAUCAUGCAGUUCCAACUCAAAAUGUGUUAUUGAUGCUAUGACCCCUAAACAGCUUCCUGCAGAAGCACGUCAACUAAGGAAGUCAAUUAUUCAACAGAAGAAAUUACGGAAAAAUCUCAAGAAUUGCCACAUGAUCAACAACACUUCUUCUAAAGAGAUUUUCCAGUCUCCUAUCAGUCUCAGUACAAACACACCUAUAAGUGGUAUAACUUUAGAAGAUCCUAAUCAAGUGCACAGGAAUUUAAAUGUAGAGGAAAGUGGAUCAGUCGUUUCUUCCCGAAAACAAUUGAAUGUUGAUGCUAUUCGAUCUAUGACAGCCAAUCUAUUUAAUACAUUUUCAAACAUUGAUAAUGGACAUGGGGCUUCAUCCACAAGCAAUUUACAUACUACUACAAAUGUUAACAUGGAAAGUGAUAACUCACUUGAAGAUGGUACAACAGAUGAAUCACUUAGUGAUAGUGAAUGUGAAUUCAUUAACGAAAAUCCUGACUAUGAUACAACAUCAAGUCUUGAUGAUGAAGAAUAUAUUGAUCCCAACUUUACGCCGCAGAUUCUUCCCAAUUCUGGCUACUCGGAUAUUGGUGAUCCACUCAUUGAAUGCACACAUUGUGGAGCACUUAUGUGGUAUCAAGAGAACGUGGAAAAACGAAAACACAGUGUUGUACCCAAGUUCCAAUUAUGUUGUGGAAAUGGUAAAGUUCUGCUACCGCUUUUGAAUGCACCCCCACCGUUACUCAAGCAUCUAUUGUUUGAUAUAAAUGAUUCAGAAUGUAGAAAUUAUCAGAAGUAUUGCAGACUGUACAUCAUUAUGUUUGCCUUUACGUCACCUGGUAUGAAGUUUGACAAUAGAUUCCAAGCGGGAAGAGGACCGCCUAACAUAAGAGUACAUGGACAGUGUUGCCAUAGAAUUGGGAGCAUGGUACCUUUGGAUGGACAAACACCAAAAUUUGCACAGCUUUAUAUUUACGACACUGAGAAUGAGAUUCAACAUAGAAUGGCAGGAAUAGGCAAUAAUCCCAAAAUUGAUCCACAAACUGUUAGCAAAUUGAAAGUCAUGUUGGAUGAGUUCAACACACAUGCUAAAUCUUUUAGGAUGGCAGCAGAUCGACUAAAGGAUUCACCUGCACCUGAACUGAAACUAAAGUUAAUAGCUGAUCGAUCAAAGGAUGGAAGGGUUUAUAAUCAACCGACUGUUUCGGAGGUUGCUGCACUUAUCGUUGGCGAUGUUGACACAGGUUCUAAAAGGCAUAUUAUACUUUAA